AUGUUUGGUUUCUCUAGCUGUUCUUAUGUGCCAGAAAAAGAAAUAUACAAUCUUACUCUAUCUGAUUAUGAAAAUAGUUAUAAUUUCUCUAUUCCUAUAAAUAGUACUUCUACUGAAACUCUUAUAGUGUAUAAUGAAUUACCUAAAGUAGAUUAUAAUUUUAGUACAUAUGAUUUUAACAUUGAUAUUAGUUCUAGGUUUUCCAGAGAAAGAUAUACUAGCCAUAGUCAUGUCUUCUUAAUAGCAUAUAUUCCUCACGAAUAUUUCACGUUUAGCUUUGACCCAAAUAAUUCUGAUAAUAUUACAAGUGAUAAUGAUAACAUUAAUAACAUUGUUUUUUUAAGACCUUUUCCUGAUAUUAAUUCAUAUACGUCUACAGAAAUUGCAAUAAGUUGUUUAUUUGGCAUCAAUGUAGUAAAUUACCAGUUAAUGGUACCUCGAUAUAAUAUUUCCAAAUGUAUCAAUUCUUAUCUUGAAGAAAGAUCUAUAGAGUCUACUGCUUUUUACAGUCAUUUAGAAAUAGGCCAACCACCUUCUUACCCAUGCAGUGAUGUUCUUGAUGCUGUGAAAAUUUUGUUUGGCAACAUUUUUACUGAUAUGGUCAUUAAUCUUACGGCUAAUCCAGACCCAAAAGCUAAGAGACAUGAAUUAAAUAAUAACAGCUGGGUAUUAAUAAUACUUUCCCUAUUGGGUUUACCUGCAGGAAAAGGCCAAGGUAUAAGAUCAGAGAGCUUUUAUUUAGAGGUGUUUCCAUUAUUAGAAACUAUCACAUCUUUGAUGUUUUCAUUCUGGCAUAAAGAUAAUUCAGGUCCUUUUCAUAAUUCUUGUUUAUUGCCUAUUUGUUUUUACGAAUUUGCAGAUAUUCUUUUAAGUUUUGAAGAUAAUUCGACUGAAAUAUUUAGGAAAUCACUUAAGAUAACUGAUAAUAUGGUCAAUAGAAAUCAUUCCUUAUUAAUAAACCAAACAUUUGAAGAACUUGUAAAUUUUCAAAAUGUGAAUAAUUCAGAAGAAUUUAAUAAUUUACAUGAUUUUUGUGUUGUAGCAAGUUGCUAUGGAGAGCACGAGUGUCAUUAUUUACCAAUCUUCUGUCUUCGUCGCUCUGGGUAUUUAGAUUAUGGUAAUUUUAUUACAAAAUGGGGUUCAAACAUUAGCAAUAAUGUUCAUGAUAAUCAUACUCAACCUUCAGAUGUUAGUAUAGUUGAUCUUUGUAAUACUACAGAUGCUGAUGAUUCUCUAGGACUUUCCAGUAUCGAAUAUCAUGAUGAUGAUUUUUAUUGUCAUGAUGGCAAUAAUGCUUGUUUUGGAACUUAG